AUGCGCACAGUGGGUCAGCGACCCUGCUGUGAUGGCGGCAGCAGCAGCGGCUCGGGGCGCCUGCGGCACUGUGCCACUCCGAACUCGGCAUGGGCGCUGUGCCAUGAGGAGCAGCCGCGGCGAGCGGCUGGCCUGAGGCGGCAGCGGUGGCUCCAAGCGGUGGCGGGCAUGGGCGGCUCGGCUGAGGCGGCAGCAGCGCAUGUUUUGUUUUCUACACAGAACUAUGAUCAAGGGAUUGAAUUAAUCUGUCAAAACCAAGAAGAGUUGGUGAAGAGUUCCAUAGAAUCCAAAUGGAAUCUAGCAGAAGUCUAGCAGAAACUUGGUAAUUUAGCACUGCAUAAUUCAGAAUCCAUGUAUCAGGAAUAUGCCAAAGUACAGACUGAAGCUUCAGAACUGAGACAAAGAGAAGAAGAAUGGAAGAGAAAAGAAGCAGUCCUAAUAGAGAGGGAAAGACAAAAUCUAUGGAAUACAGAUUCUUUUAGUAAGGAGGUAUUUAAUAAGAGUUUUAUUAGCAAAUAUAAAAGAAAAGAAGAUGAAGAUAUAUCUAAAUAAUUUAUACAGAAGCAUGAACAAAAGAUUAGAUACUUUGGCAUGCCGGGCAGAUGGGAUGACAGUCAAAGAUUUUUGUCUGAUUACCCAUAUCUUGUAUGUGAAGAAACAGCUAAAUAUCUCAUCUUGUGGUGUUUUCAUCUAGAAGCUGAACAGAAAAGAGCUCUGAUGGAACAAAUAGCACACCAAGCACUUGUGAUGCAGUUUAUUAUAGAAACGGCCAGAAGUUGUAAUGUGGAUCCAAGAGGCUGUUUUCGUCUAUUCUUCCAAAAAGCCAAAGCAGGGGAAGAUGGCUAUUUGGAAGCUUUUAAAACUGAGCUUGAAGCAUUCAAAUCAAGAGUGAGAAUCUGUUCACAGUCUCAAGGCUUUCAAGCUAUGUCAGUAGAGAAUUCCAGUGUCUAUACUGGUAUUGUAAAAGGACUGGAGUCUUUGUCACAGAAUGCAAAUGAUCUACAAGGUUGCAUAAACAGGAGUGUCUGCAAUUUAAAUUCAAUGCUACAAAAAGAUGAAGAAGCCAAAAUGAUGGACACAGUAUAG